CUUGCUCUUGCUAUCGUUCGCUGGCCGGUGCUUGCAUUCGCCACUCGACCUGGGGUCGUUCUGUUCAUAACCUUCAGGCUUUUCUUUUCACUCUCAAGCUCGCAAAGCACUCCCGUUCAUUCCCAUCCUGGCCCUUUCUCGAUAAUCACUCCUGGUCGAGAUGUUCCCCAAAGCCUUUGCUGUUGCUUUCCUUGCUCUUUCACUUGUUGCGCAUGCGGCUCCGGCAGCUGAUGUUGAUUGUAAUGAGACCGUGACUGUAACUGCUCGUGCCGUCGCAACAAAAGCUGCAUCUUCGACAUCGACCAGCAGCGCUGCUAUUGCGUCCGAGAGCGGCACAAAUGUUGCUAGCACAAGCACAGGUAAUCUGCAGACCUCCCUCACACUGGACUCGUCAUUAGUACAGCCAGGUUUCGAACAGAACGGACAGUCGGAUGGAGAGCCUGAGGGUGCCGGCCAAGUCGCGUCCAACACCUCCACGAACAACUUCAUCAACUUCUGCGCCGACUUCUCCUCGCUCCCACUCACGAACGGCACGCAAAUCAAGGCCGGCUCAUGCAACGCCGCGCCAAUGGGCCUGAUCGCCGCAACCACCGCGAUGCCCUCCGCCAAAUUCGUCAACCCCAAGAACCUCGACACCAUCGCCGCCAACACCAACUUCACGAUCCAAAUGGCCAUCAGCAACCUCGACACGGGCUUCUUCGUCAACCCCGACACGAACUACUUUGCCGCGCCCCAGACGCUCAACGCGCAGGGCCUCAUCGUCGGCCACUCGCACGUCGUGAUCGAGCAGCUGCAGUCGAUGACCCAGACGACCACGACGGACCCGACCACGUUCGCGUUCUUCAAGGGCCUGAACGCCGCCGCUGAGAAUGGCGAGUUGUCUACGACGGUGGCUGGCGGGCUGCCCGCGGGCGUUUACCGCAUGGCGUCCAUCAACGCCGCGGCGAACCACCAGCCCGUGCUCGUCGCCGUUGCGCAACACGGUUCACUCGAUGACAUGGUCUACUUCACGGUCAGCGAUGAUGGCACCUCUACGGGUACAUCCAGUGCUGCCUCGGGCGCCAGCUCGUCGGCUGCCACUGCUAAGGGCAAUUCGAGCGGCAACAACGGCAAGAAUGGCGACACCGGUGCCAACGCUGCCUCGAGUGCCAGCGCAUCCAGCGCCGCUGCGAGCACGAGCUCGUCGGCCGCCAUCAAGAACAACGCGGGCGGCAACAACGGCAAGAAUGGCGACACCGGUGCCAACGCUGCCUCGGGUGCUAGUGCAUCCAGCGCAGCUUCAGGCGCUAGCGCGUCCAGCGCCGCCGCGAGCACGAGCUCGUCGGCUGCCACUAAGAACAACGCGGGCGGCAACGAUAACAACACCGGCAACGACAACGGCAAGAACUUUGGCAACAAGGGCAAGCGUUACAUUCGCUUCGGUCGCGCCUAAGCGGUCCCCCCCUCCCCUUACCUCCCUCGCACGUUCCCUCCCUGUUACCGUUGCCGUUGUCCCCUCAUAGAUCGUCCAUCUUGAUCGAUAUCACUCGCCCGC